UUGACUGGAGGUACUGAACAUUUAGAAAUCUCUCCUCAAAGUAUAGAGGCAUUCUACGGAUCGUGAAUCUCUCGUAUGCGCAGUAAUGGGUAAGAUAAUAAAUGUGAUGGUGUUCAGUACAUCUGCUUUGUUCUUUGCCUUGCUCGAAUAUUCCAGUUGGUCAUCGCAAACGAGUUAUAACCCGGUGAAACCAGUCGACAGAAUCAGUCGAACGGGAGGCGACUCGUCUUGGAAGGAAAGUGGGUCGAAGAGGCUUUCAACUCUGAUACAAAAGAGGCUCUAUUCCCUUCAGAAUCCCUCUGACUGUGCUAAGGCCAGGAAAAUUGUGUGCACCUUCAACAAGAGAUGCGGAUUCGGCUGCCAGACCCACCAUGUCUCAUAUUGUAUGAUAAUGGCAUACGGCACGGGGAGAACGCUUAUCCUACAAUCCAAGGGCUGGGAUUAUGACAAAGAAGGAUGGGAAAAGUUCUUCCAGCCCCUAAGCGAGACUUGUCGUGAUCCAACGGGAGUGACACGAGGAAAAUGGACAACUCCUGAUAACACUGAAAACCCUCAAGUUCUGGCACCCCCUCUCGCAGGGUACCUUACUGAGGAUCUACAGCCAGAUUUUCUGCCUUUGGCAAUACCAGCGGACAUCGCAGAUGAACUAAGAAGAUUUCACAGCAACCCAUCCAUCUGGUGGAUUGGUGAAAUAAUGACUUACAUUAUGAGGCCCAAGAACCACACGAAAGAUCUCAUUGACAAAGCGAUGGCUGGCUUGGGGUUUACGCAUCCGAUCGUUGGUAUCCACGUAAGGCGGACUGAUAAACUUAUAUGGGAAGCCAAAUUCCAUGGCAUUGAAGAGUACAUGGUGCAUGCUAUUGAUUUCUACGAGGACUAUGAAAGGAGGGAAGGAUAUAUAGGCAAGAGGAGAAUCUUCCUAGCAACGGAUGACGUUGGUCUUCUUGCCGAAGCCAGGAAAAAAUAUCCUGAUUACAUGUUUCUAAACGACGUGAAUAUCACCGGGUCAGCCCAGAAAUCAUUGAGAUCGUCAGCGGGGUCCUUACAAGGAAUCAUCAGUGACAUCCACCUCCUUGCUUCUUCUGACUUUCUUGUUUGCACUUUCUCCUCAAACGUUUGUCGUUUGGCUUAUGAAAUGAUGCAGCAUUACCACGUGGAUGCAUCAAGCAAGGCUCACUCUGUUGAUAUUCCAUAUUAUUGGCAUGGGCAAAAAGCGAAUAGUUCUGGGAAAGCAGUCAUGAUGCCUCUACCUACAUCUAUCUGACAGCAUAAGACGCCCUCUAGAGGAAAUAUUUGAUAAUACCAUGGAGAUAAAUGAUAGAGCUCCCUGAUCGUGAUGGUUCACUCAAUAACAAUUGACAUACUAGUAAAGGCCACCGCACACCUUACGACCCGUCUGGUCUACGACUGGCUUGCAAAUGAGUGAGGGAGAUGUGACGUUAGAGCUCUUGUCAGCUUGAGAGUCGUGUCCGGUCAGAGACAUGUAGCAAGGAAAAUCGUAAGGAUUUUACAUGUCGAAUCCUUAUGACUGGAUAGCAAGCUCAAUCCAACUUCCAGCCAAUUAGACAGCAGAGUUGCACGACGCCCAUACGCAAUAGUAAGCGCACUUUCUCAGUUGUUAUGAGAUCGAAUGCGGCCACUACACGAGCAAAGCCAAGGCAAGACCUAGACCUAGUCCAUCGUUAGACCUAACAAUAGACCGAAAUCAGUAUCGACCCAUGUAUAUUCUGACGGGUAUUGACUUAUGAAUUAUCAAGGGGCGAAGGUCUAUGUCACAGGCAUUUUCAUGCUAUGACUUUGCACCAGUUUAUCAAAGCAUUCAUGCAGAAUUCCAGAUACCACCAUCCGGUAAACCACCAUGCGCUGAAUUGUAUAGGCGCAUUGAUGUGGUGCAGCGAAAUUUAGAUGAAAAAUGUAUCAACCUUGUUUAUACUGCAACAAA